AUGGGAUAUAUUAUAUUGAAUAAUGAAUACAAUUUUCCCUAAUAUUAUCCUGAAAUAUAUAAUUGUCUUGUUUUAGAAGAAUAUAAAUGUAAGGAAUGCGAAGCUGGAUAUUAAUAGUUGAAUGGAUAUUGUUAUCCACAUUGUGGAGAUGGUAUUUAAAUAUUAGGAAUUGAAGAAUGUGGUUAUGGAAAUUCAGUUCCAUAUGAUGGCUGUUUUAAUUGCAAAUUCCAAUGUCAGUAAAAUUGUAAAAUAUGUAUUGAAGGAGUAUGUAAUUAAUACUGUUAAGAGGGUUUCGUAUUUAUGGAUUAAUCUUGCAUAUCAAUAUGUGGGGAUGAAAUUAUAACAAACUUGGAACAAUGUGAGGACGGCAAUAAUAUACCAUAUGAUGGAUGUUAUUUAUGUAAAUUCUCAUGUCCUUUGAAUUGUUAAGAAUGUUUAAAUGGGUAUUGUCUAUAAUGUAAUACUGAGUACUAAUUAUUAUCAAAUAAUCAAUGCGACUUCAUUUAGUAUAAAGAAUGUGAUGAUUAUAAUAGUGAAGUAUUGGAUGGUUGUCAUAAAUUUUAGGUCCAAUUAAAUUGGGUAUGCAAACGACUCAAUUAAGAAACCUUCAGUGAGUGCUCAUAUUUUCAAUAUCCUAAAUUGCUUAUUCGAUACAAAAAGAUGCUUUGGAAUAAAUAAUAUGUAACACUUACCUUUAGUUAGCCUGUUAAAGCUGGAAAAAAUCGAAUACUUUUAGAAGCAUUCAUUUAUUCAAUAUUAAAUAUGCAUCAAUCCAAAUAUAUCAUUAAGACAUAAAGUAGCCAAGAGAUAAGCAGUACCAUUUAAAUUGUUGAGUAUUUGUUAGAAAUUGAAAUAUUUUAACUUCUAGAAUUCAAACCUAUCUUAAAUAUCGACUUCCCUGAAGGAAUUACUAAUUAAUAUGAUUCCAUGCUCUUUAUAAAAGCAUAUCAUACAACCUUAUAAUUUCCUACUUAUUUAAACGAAAAAUAGACAUACUAAUCAGAGAUCAUGUAAAGGUUGAUUAGAUACGCUCUUUAUUCAUAAUGUGGAGUUUGCACUCUAAUGAUUUUUUAAGGUAGAUAUGAAGUUUUAAUUGAAAUAAUCAACUUAUUAUCAUUUCAAAAUUAUCUUAGAUACAUUAAUGUGAAUUUUCCUUACAACCUUCUUCUCUAUUUUGAAUCUUAUGACUUGUUAUCUAUCGAAGCACUCUAUUAGUUAUUAAAUGUUGAGAAAUUAGAAGGAGUGUUGCUUUACAAUUAAUUUAAAGAAGCAAAAGGGAAAUUCCAAUUUUAUAAUUAAAUGUGGAUUUAUUAACAAAUCUUGAAUGGUAAUUAAUCCAAUCUUCCUUUUAUAUACUUUUGA